AUGGUACUGGGUCCUCCUGCGCCGCGACCCCGACAGGCGGAAAGGGCCCUUCUCUUCCCGCCACCCCCCUAUUCUUUCUCUCUCCCCUCUCCGAGGAGGAAGUCCUUUAGGGCACAGAACCCCCCAACUCCCUUCGGCAGCAAUUUGGGGCCACUGGGGCUGGCCGGAGAUGUCCGCCGUCUGGUGCACAGUGCACGAGCAGAGCCAGCCUUCAGCCUCGGGCGCGAACCCGCACUGGCAGCUCCAGCCCGCGACCCGGCAGCUCCGAGCGCAGCCAGCCACGGCCAUUGCGGGACCCUAUUUAUCCCGAUACGUCCCCUGACGUGGGCUCGGAAUGCUCCCUUGGCAGCCGCGAGCGCGUCUCGGGCUCCCCCUCCGCCGCUCCACCCCCAGCCCUCUCUUUGCAGAAGCGGGGCGGGAGUGCUGCUAGCAGACACCUGGGGGCCCCCGGGAACCCCACGCCCUUGUCAGGCGCCGCAGCAGUGGGAGGGGCGCCAGGUGCUGUACCGGCAGAGCAGCGGGCGCAACAGCCGCGCCCUGCUCUCCUACGACGGGCUCAACCGGCGCGUGCGGGUGCUGGACGAGAGGAAGGCGCUGGUCCCGUGCAGGAGAUUAUUUGAAUAUAUUUUGCUCUAUAAGGAUGGAGUGAUGUUUCAGAUUGAACAAGCCACCAAGCAGUGUUCCAAGAUCACCCUGACAGACCCCUGGGACCCUCUUGACAUUCCUCAGAACUCCACCUUUGAGGACCAGUACUCCAUAGGGGGGCCCCAGGAGCAGAUCACCGUUCAGGAAUGGUCUGACAGAAAGUCAGCUAGAUCAUAUGAAACCUGGAUUGGCAUUUAUACAGUCAAGGACUGCUAUCCGGUCCAGGAAACCUUCACCAAAAAUUACAGUGUGAUAUUGUCCACACGGUUUUUUGACAUACAGCUGGGUAUUAAAGACCCCUCAGUGUUUAUUCCCCCAAGCACGUGCCAGACGGCCCAGCUGGAGAGGAUGAGCGAGGACUGUUCCUGGUAAGCCUGUGAAUGCAGGUGUGAGAGCAUCAGACAUCAGACACUGGCGGCCUUAGCUCAAAAUGUAUUUGAACUUGAGAGAUGAGAAUCUUAUUUGUAGAUACAAAUUGAUGUGGGGUUUUUUGUUUUGUUUUGCUGUUUUUGUACAUAUGAUGUUGGCUACUCAAGCUAUAUUAAAAGAGGGAAGAGGAUGGAGAUGAUGUGGUAAUAUGAUCUGCAGAGAUGACCAUGGGGACUUUGUGUAGCCUAUCUGGGUGCUGUGCUUUCUGCAUGUGCAUGUGUAUAUGAAGUAUAGUAGCUUGCAUGGGGCUGAGAGUCAGUGGGAGCAGUUCGUCUUGGCAGGGAAAAAUGUUUUAUUAUUGACAUUAGUGAGAAUCACCAGAUUCCUGGCACAUGGCAAUAAUAAAAAGCAGAACAAUUUUGGUCAAUUUAUUAUUAAUUUUUAAGUUUGCUACAGAUAAUGACCCCUGUAUUGCCUUCACUAAGGAGGUGACUGCUCCCUCUGUCCCCACCCCAUGCUCCCCAGACUACUGAAAAAGUUAUCCCUUAAAACCCCUUCCAGACUUAAGAGCUUAUGGCAUGAGUCAAUUGAUAUGAACGUUUUGGAAGGAAAUGAAAGGCUAUAAUACAAAGUAAUUAUUCCUCUAAAGAGACAUUUUAAACAAGAGAGUUUGAAAAUCUUUAAUGUCUACCCCCGGGUAAACAUGAGCCACGCAUGCUUCCAUUUUUCUAUGCAAGAGUAUUGAUACUUGUGCUGAAUCAUCCCCUACUGUCAGGAGGCCUACAGAGACAGGUAGUAUUCUAAAAAUAGCCCCAACUUGGGAGUCUGAAGACUACUGUCUCCAAAAUCCAGGACCGGAAUUUCCUUGUACUUGAAUUCCUUUGAUUAACAAAAUGCUCUAUGCUUUCCCCCACCUUGGCCUUCUUGGGGUACAACCUCUUUGUCUACCUGACUUCAGGUCAUCUUUCAUAGGUCAGCUCACACAAGAUCUUCAGAGAAUUGCUCCCAAGCCUGGAUUGGGUGCACUUUGCAGCUUAUGCAAUUUUCACAGCAUUAUUUAGGCUGUUGUGUUAAUUUCCUGCUUACUGGACACUGUCAUACACUAGCUUGGCUAGGAGCUCAUACAGCAUGGAUACCAUGUUCUGUUAAGGUUUAUAUGCCCAGCACCAAGUAAGUGCCUGGCACAUGGUUAAUGCCCUAAAAAUUUGUAGAGUGGAGAAUGCCAACCUCUCUAGUUUUUAGUUUCCUCAUUUGUUAAUGAGGUUGCAUUUGCAGAUCUCUAGGGGGGCUCGCAGUAAUAAAAUGGAUUAUUCUAGAUUACUGUAUUAUUAUGUUUCUUCUGCCCAUCUAUUUACAUAUUAUCUGUUACCCAGAGAAAUGUGUGACAUCUAUAUUAUGCUGAAACAAUCUGUAUUACUCACUGUUUAUAUUAUUUCAAUAAACAAACUUUGCAUUUCAAAGUA